UACGCCUCUCCGUCAACGCGUGUGUUUCCCUGAAAUUUCACUGAAGUUGAAGGGUGGUUCGGUCAUUCUCCAACAUAGAGUUGAUCUUUUCUCUUUUUCUACAUCAAUUCUAACGCCGCCUCAAUCUCCUCUCUCUUCGUCUUCUGUUCUUCCCAACUUUGUCGUUCUGUCCGGGUGCGGCGGCGAGGACAAAGAAAUGGCCGAUUCCACAGCGUUGAAGAGGCAAAACCUUGACGGAGUAGUAUUUGAGACACCGUCAUCCGCGGAGAAGAAGCAAAAACAUGAAAAAUCUGUGGCGGAGGAUCGUAAGAACGGAUCUGAUCCGCCACCGUUAUUGCCGGAGAAGAGUAAAAACGGAUCUGGGCCAUCACCGGAGAAGAAAAUUGAUAAUCUUGCAAAAGAUUUUGACUACUGGUCUCUAACACCCAACGACGAGGGUUAUGCCGAAUUCCAUUAUGGUGAGCUUGAAGACUGCGGCGGUGUCGAUGAGAUUAUGCCCGACGGCGCUUCGAAAGAGCAACGCCCUGAUUUUGUUAAGCUUUUUGGGGCUUACGACCGUCAGAUGUAUAAUUCCGAUGGUUUUGACUGUUAUGAUUAUCCCUGUGGGUCUUUGGGUACCGGUAUACAACCAAUUCAAAUUCAAAAUUUAGAUGCUCACAAGACUGAGAAAAUUAUGGAAUUGGCUAACCAUGCUAUCCAGCUAUACAACGAGGAAGAGUGCAAUGUUUACAAGUACAAGGCUUUGAAGAUUGAGAAAGCAAAUUAUGAGUUGACGUCAUACUUCCAAUAUUACAUGACUGUUAAAGUUCUAAAUAUCACUCUCGGUUCUCUUGUUGAGACCUUUCAAAUUCGUGCUGCUAGAGAUAUGGAUGAUUCUGAUCGCAAACUAGUCUAUAGUUGCAAACCAAAAGUAAAGAUUGUGCCUGGCAUUGUUGACUGUAAUCCUUUGGAUGAUGGUUUUGACGUUGACACCUAUCCGAGUGAUGCUAAGGCAGCUAUAUAUACACCAUAUCUAGGGUUUGAGAAAGAAGCUGACAUGCUGAUGGAACUGGCUAAGCAUGCUAUUGACGAUUACAACAAUGUAGAAACCAAUGUUCACAAAUACAAGGUGUCUAGUAUUGAAAAAGUGAACUAUAUCUCGACCGAAUCAUGUCGAGAAUUUUUCAUCACGAUUAAAGUUAAAAAUCUCACUCUGCGCACACCUCUACAAACCUUUCAAAUCCAUGCAUACAAGGGACCACAUGGAGAGAAUGUUGUCAUUCUUUGCAGGAGAAAGCCCUGAUGUGAGAGGAACCAGUCAUCAUUCCAGUUCUGCGUGAAGGGGUUAAGAUGCUCUUGGAACGUUGUGUAUUUUUAUUUUUUUUGGAUUGCCAGUUAUGUGUGUCAUGCAGUACAUGAAGCUUAACAGCUUGUUUGGAUGGGUUACCUAUUGUCUUGUAUCGUUUUCAUACAGUGUUUGUUAUGACUAUUAUUAUUGAAUUUCAUUGUAUUGUCUGUCUUGUUAAAUCUUCCUGCUGUAGAAGGACUGAAAAUAUCAGUUUGUGUAAUAGUCGAUUAGGUAUGAUUGCUUGGUCAUCUUAUUUCUCUCCCUUCAUGGUCU